AUGGCGGCUACGACGAUAGAUUGGCAGGGGCGCAACGACGCGCUUCCCGCCGCCUUGUAUGGCGUGGCGGACAGCAAGGAGCUGGUGCGCGCGCUUGCUCCGCCCAUGCAACAGGUGGCCCCGACCAUCUCGUUCGCGUACCCCUGCUCCGGCGUGGAGCAGCAGAGCACGGCGGGCCCGUUUCUGGGCGCCGGCGGGGGUAGUGGCCUGCUGACCCCGGCACAGAUUCUCCAGGUGCAGUCGCGGCUCCAGUUCCUGCUCCGGCCGGCGGCGAGCGGCACCACGCUGGCCGCGGUGGCCACGCAGCAGAUGAAGCGGCAGGGCGUGCCGCAGGCGCAGGCGCCGGCGCCGCUCCCCGCACGGCCCGCGGUGUCCAAGCUGUACCGCGGCGUCCGGCAGCGGCAUUGGGGGAAGUGGGUGGCGGAGAUCCGCCUGCCGCGCAACCGCACCCGCCUCUGGCUCGGCACCUUCGACACCGCCGAGGAGGCCGCGCUCGCCUACGACAGCGCCGCUUUCCGCCUCCGCGGGGACUCCGCCAGGCUCAACUUCCCCGAGCUCAGGCGCGGCGGCCAGCACCUCGGCCCGCCGCUCCACGCCGCGGUCGACGCCAAGCUCCACGCCAUCUGCAACGGCACGACGGACGUCGUCGUGCCGCUGCCGCAGAGCCAGAGCCAGAGCAACUCCACGGCGGCGCCGGCGACAACUAUCCCGAGCUCCUCCUCGGCGAGCCCACACGUCAAGAGCGAGCCGGGCUGCUCCGGCUCCGAGAGCUCGUUUUACGCAGACGGCGACGUGUCCUCGACUGGGUCCUCCGACGUGGUGCCGGAGAUGCAACUGCUCGACUUCUCAGAAGCGCCAUGGGACGAGUCCGAGAGCUUCCACCUGCGCAAUUACCCCUCCGUGGAGAUCGACUGGGACUCCAUCCUGAUUUCAUAA